AUGACGGACACACGUGCACCCGCUGCCAAUCCGAUAACCAUAAACCCGCCUGCGAAUACUCUACCGCCUAACGUGGCAACUAGAACGGUUCGAGUGGCAAACAUGACCGCACAUGAUUUUUAUCCGGCGCCUCCUGCCCCUCAGGCAUCUCCUGCUCCUCAGGCACCUCCUGCUCCACCGGCUCCCCCUACUCCUAGUACGGCCGCAGCACCACUCCUACUCGGCGGCAACUGGUCAGACGCCCUAGUCCGCACCAUCGAGCGCUCUAGUCAGCUCCAGCAGGACCUCCGCGGCAUCGCGCUGCGCAUGGGACAACUAUCACGCGAGUAUGAGGCCCUAGCAAGAGAGAUACACCGCCCACGACUGCUCGGGCACCUGGGGGAGAUCUGCAUGCACGCCGUGGCCCAACACACAAACAAUCCGGCUGGCGUGGCGGCUGUUCGGCGGGCUAUGCGUGCCGCGAUCGAUCUGCUCAACCCUCAAGGAAACGCGAACCAGCCAGCAAACAACCCUCAAGGAAACGCGAACCAGCCAGCAAACAACCCUCAAGCGAAUGCGAACCCGUAA